AAUGGCUUUGCCGCGACACCUUAAAAAUGGAUUGACGCCUCUAGAGAUUGAAUUCUUGGCAGAGAAUGAGAUGAUUGAGAUUGCAGCUUCAAUUGACACAAAACAGGAUUUAGAAUUUCUUGCGGGUUCAGUACCGUCAUUAAAGCCCUUACAGUUGAAUAAAGUCCCGCUCUGGAUGGCAAUAACACUCAAGAAGAAACAGAAAUGCAACAUUAUGGUCCCAAAAUGGAUGACAGUUGAAUCAUUACAGCGCACGUUAAAGGAAGAACAAGAAGAGGAACUGUUUAGUACAUUACCAUAUCAUUACAUGGAGAUUGCACAGUUGCUUCUUGAAAAUGCGUGUGACGAUAUCCCAUCAGCAGACGCUGUCAGAACGUUAAUAAAAGAUCUUCGAGAAACCAGACAGAGCAAAGCACGACAAGGUGUUGCAGCAUUGGGAUCAACAUAUUUGCAGAUGGAUAACAUUGGACUAAUGGAGAUCAACGAGAUUCGUCCUUUCUUCACCAGAGCAUUCCAUGAGAUACAGAAAUUGAAACCAAUCGGCAAUAACAAUCCAGACAACUUCUAUGAACCAACUUCUAGUUCAUAUCUGGCGGAUUCUGGUGGUCCUGGGUUUUGAUGGUGGACUGUCUAUGAGAAGCUCGGCUACUAUUCCCCACACUUCUAGAACCUCACUUCCCCCCCCC